ACGCACGCCAGACCACCGCGCCUGCCAGUAGUGGGGAACUGCAGGCCCCGGGGCCCCGCGAGGAACUUGACCCGGGUGCGCGCAGAGGGCGGUUGAGUCCGGCAUGUUCCGGAGCCCGGCGGUGCUGCCACUGCCGCCUCUGAUGCUUCUGCUGCUGCUGGCGACCCCUGCUCACGUCUCCCCCGACUAUCAUUACUUCGGGGAGCAAGGUGAAGGUGACACCUGGGAGCAGCUGCGACUGCAGCAUCAGGAGAAAGACGUGGAGGACUCCAUCCUUGGCCCGUGGGGAGAGUGGCAAUGUCACUGUGACCUGGGCAAGCAGGAGCGCAGCCGAGAGAUCCUGGGCACUGCUCCAGGCCCAGUGUUCAUGGACCACAAGAACCUGGUGCAAGUGCUGCCCUGUCGGCAACAGGAUUGUUCAUCCUGCAAACCAAUCAACUGUCACUGGAGACCCUGAACCCAGGGGCUUUAGACUCUCGAGUGGCAGGGACCGGGAGUACAAAUGGCCUGAAUCCAGGUAGGGGAUGCCCACAGUCUUGUGGACACCGUAAAUACGUGUGCUGUAGUGCUUGACCUUCUAUGACCUGACAGGGCCUGGUCCUCCAAGACCCACCUCAGUUUCGCAUUAUUUUGCUCU